AUGCGGCCUUCCAUCUCAGCGCGACAUAGGAUCCCCCUCAUCCUCGCUCUUGGCUUUGUGGUAGACCACACCGUUGCGGACCAAACACUCUCAGGGCCGGGAGACUGCGCGCAGGCGGGGGCGUACACGAUCUGCCAGAACUUGUGGGGUGCCGACACAGGCACGGGCUCGCAGAGCACGACGCUGAAGUCUGCGUCAGGGAGUUCGGUUGCUUGGGAGACGACGUAUACGUGGGCGAACAGUCCCAACAACGUCAAAAGUUAUGCCAACGUUGACCAUAAUACGGCGAAAGGCAUGCAGCUUCAAGACAUCGUCUCUGCUCCCACUUCUUGGCAGUGGAACUACCAAUCAGCCGAUAGUGACCUUAGAGCAGACAUCUCUUACGACAUCUGGACCGGAGUCCCACAGUCAGGUGCCGUCGCGUCCUCCGCCUCUUCGUACGAGAUCAUGAUCUGGCUCUCCCAGCGCGGUGGCGUGGGUGGCAUUGGCAGUACCGUGGCGCAGAAUAUCCAGCUGGGUGGACAUAGCUGGAACCUCAAGCACGGUCCGAACUCCAACUGGGAUGUCUUCUCGUUCAUAACCGCGGAGGGAGAUAUUACGAAUUUUGAUGCGGAUCUCAAUGACUUCUUCCAAUACCUCAUUGACAACCAGGGUGUAGCCAAGACUCAGUUCCUGCAGGCAAUCCAGGCUGGCACGGAACCAUUUACUGGCUCCGCGGACCUCGUCACGACCAGCUUCAGCGUCGAUGUCUCAACAGGCAACGAGCCAGCGUCCUCCUCAUCCUCACCUCCUCCCCCCUCUUCAACUUCGGUCCAUGUUACAUCAUCGUCCUCGUCAGUUGGGUCGAGCAGUUAUUCGCCUGGAGCGUCCUCCGCAAGCAACAAUGGCCACUCGAGCUCCACGACCGCCGAUGGUGGUUCCAGCACAAGUUCAUCACCUGCGGAACAGACGGGCGGUACUGUCCGUGGGGCGGGGAAUCCCCAAUGCGGGCUGCGGAUGCCAGGCCAGCAGCGGAUGAUACGGCGGAGCUGGCUCCGGUCGUUUUUGCAGUAG